AGGUCUAGGGCUAAAACGACAAGAAUAGACAUGCCUCCUGUUGCGGAAAGCACUGAUCAACCAUUCUCAAACCCUGUUGCUCCUGCACAUUUGGGCGAUGCUGAUGAUGCUGAACAAGACAAUCUGGUCACCACGGCAAACUUAACGAAUGCAGACUUUCGGAAAAUGCUGAUGACCCCAGCUCCUAAGCAAGCCAAAGUUAAACCACAAGUGACUAUAGCGAAUGUUGAAAAAGAAAAAUUGAAAGAGCGGGAAAGGAGAUUAAAAGAAAAGAAAAAAAAGAAAGGUGAGUACUUAGAGUACAAAAAGACAACUGAAGCCAGGCAGAAGGAACUGGCUGAACUCUAUCGGGACCGUGCUGGUGAGAGAGACAAGAGCAGAAGAGUUUUGAAAUUGAGUGAAGCCAGUCAGGCUAACCAGUAUGCACCUGCUGGGUCAAGUAUUGCUUCAGUGGCCGACAGGAGGAAGCAGACCAUUCAAGAAUCCAAAUUCUUGGGAGGAGAUAUGGAACAUACCCAUCUUGUUAAAGGUCUAGACUUUGCUCUCCUUCAGAAAAUGCGAGAAGAAAUCACACGAACUGAUCACACAGAGGCUAAAACUCUAAAAAGUGAAACUGCAAAAACAGAAGAGCCAAAAAAAGCAGAGGAAGGAAUUAAGUUUAAGACAAAAAUGGGUCAAUCAAUAUAUCGUGCAGUUUUCGUUCACAAGCACCCAGAGAGAAACGAGCUAUUUGCACAAAACAGAAUGGCUUAUCAGGUGGAACUUGAUGAUGAGUACGCGGAGACAGACAUACCUACCACUCUAAUCAGAAGCAAAGCUGAGGCCAAAGCCAGCAUAGAGAAGAGAACACUAACUAAUAACGACAUUGUUAUCAACAAACUGACCCAAAUUCUAUCGUACUUGCGUCAAGGUAACAGAUAUGGUAAACAGAAGUUCAAGAAGAAAGAGAAGAGGAAGUUCGAAACAAAAGCCCCCACGGGACCCGCAGCAGCAACAGAAGAUGACAUAUUUGGAGGAUUGGGAGAGUAUGUGCCACCUGGACUGAAAAACCCUGGCAAGAAAAUGGACCAAAAACCGAUGACUUACUUCAAUGAGGUAACAGAGAAGAGCAGGCAGGAGACAGAAGCAAAAGCGCAAGCAGCAGCACAAAAGAGGUCCACUGAUGCUCGCCGUAUGAGACUUGAUGCUCAACAACCAGAAGACAGUUACAUGGAGUGCUAUCCUGGUGCAAUGGAGGAGUCAGGGGCUGCGUAUGAUUCUGAUGAAGAUGCAGACUAUACUAAGAUGGACAUGGGAAACAAGAAAGGUCCUUUAACUCGGUGGGACUUCGAGGAUGAGGACAAGUAUAAUGCCUACAUGGAAAAGAGGGAAGCUAUGCCAAAAGCUGCCUUCCAAUUCGGCAUAAAAAUGAGCGACGGAAGGAAAACGAAGAGACAAAAACCAGUGGAUGAGAAACAAAAGCUGGAUCGUGAGAUGCAGAGGAUAAACCAGAUGAUAAACAAACGCAAAGCCGUGGCCAGUGGGGACAUGGGAGUGCCCGAGAAGAUUGGCAAAUACUGAGGGACAGCAGCUAACGGUUUUGUUUAUCUCAACUGCUUGUUAAAUGUGAAGUUACUCAAUUUGUACAGAAUUAAAAAGAGUGAAAGUGAACUGGACUCA